UACAUAAACUAUUUAUAUCGAUAUAAAUAUAUAUAGAGAGAAAGAGAGAAAAAACAACAACCUGGCAACCUACCCUUGUUCGUGAAUAACGACAUAAAAAGAGCGAAAACGUUGUGAUUAAUGGUGAGUCGCUGAAGCGCGCGCUUACUGUAAUGGUACGGAAUGACUGGAGGAAUUCUGUGUCAGUCAACAGCCAUUCUGGGCGGGCUGACGUAGUACGGACACUUGAAAUGUGAAGCACCUUGCAUCGUGAUGUUUUAUGUUGCUGCCUAUUUUAGACAGAGGCUGACAACCGCUCUGUUUCGAUGUUGUUCGCUUCGACUGUGCAAUUAAUCGUGGCUAUAUUAUGACCGCUUAUAUUUAUAUGCCAAUGAUGCAACAUUAAGAUUAUUUUAUUUUUUUAAAGAAGGGGAAAAAGAAAUAAGUACAAAUAAAUAGAAACCCUGUGGCUUUUGUUGGAUUCUGGAGAGAACGCUCACAAACCUGAAGUGUUCUGAGAACGCAUCUGGUCUAAGUUGCUCCAGUAUGCAUUUUCGAUAUUGAAGUUUAGAGAUGACUCGGAAAAGGCUACAGUUUGUAGCCAUGAGGGGAUUCUUCGCGUGGGAAAUAGCACUUUUACUAAGCAUGGUAGCCUCGAAGGACCCCGACAGUCCUCGGGGGAGAGCCGUCCCCAUGUCCCCGUCCGACUUCCUCGAUAAGCUCAUGGGGCGGACUUCAGGGUACGACGCAAGAAUCCGACCGAAUUUCAAAGGUCCCCCUGUGAACGUGUCGUGUAACAUAUUCAUCAACAGCUUUGGCUCAAUUGCGGAGACGACGAUGGAUUACAGAGUGAAUAUUUUUUUGCGUCAGCAGUGGAAUGAUCCCCGAUUAGCUUACAGUGAAUAUCCGGAUGAUUCCCUGGAUUUGGACCCUUCCAUGCUGGAUUCUAUCUGGAAGCCGGACUUAUUCUUCGCCAAUGAGAAGGGAGCUCACUUUCACGAGGUGACCACGGACAACAAGCUUCUCCGAAUAUUCAAAAACGGAAACGUGCUCUACUCGAUAAGAUUAACGCUGACGCUCUCCUGUCCUAUGGAUCUUAAAAACUUCCCAAUGGAUGUGCAAACGUGUAUAAUGCAGCUAGAAAGCUUCGGAUACACGAUGAAUGACCUCAUCUUUGAGUGGCAGAAGAAGGGGCCGGUCCAGGUGGCGGAAGGACUCACUCUCCCACAAUUCAUCCUGAAGGACGAGUCGGAUCUGAGAUACUGCACCAAGCAUUACAACACAGGGAAGUUCACCUGCAUAGAGGUGCGUUUCCACCUGGAGAGGCAGAUGGGCUACUACCUGAUCCAGAUGUACAUCCCCAGCCUGCUCAUCGUCAUCCUGUCCUGGGUCUCCUUCUGGAUCAACAUGGACGCCGCCCCCGCCCGAGUCGCUUUGGGCAUCACCACGGUGCUCACCAUGACGACGCAGAGCUCCGGAUCCAGAACAUCGCUCCCGAAGGUGUCGUAUGUGAAAGCCAUCGACAUCUGGAUGGCGGUGUGUCUGCUAUUUGUAUUCUCUGCUCUGUUGGAGUACGCGGCAGUUAACUUCGUAUCCAGGCAACACAAGGAGCUGUUGAAAUUCCAUCGCAAGAGGAAGAGGAACAAGCAGGAGGAGGGCGUGAAGGAGAGCAGACUCAGUUUCAGCGCCAGUGCCGGGACCCCCUGCAGCGCCGGGAAGGACGGGAUCGUCCCAAAAGCCGCCAACAGCACCCCUCAGCCGCCGCCGCCGCUGCACCCGUCCUCGUCCUCGGGGACGAGGUCCCACGAGGAGAUGAGGAAGCUCUUCAUCGACCGCGCCAAAAAGAUCGACACCGUCUCGCGAGCGGGCUUCCCGCUGGCCUUCCUGUUCUUCAACAUCUUCUACUGGGUGCUCUACAAGAUCCUCAGGCGGGAGGACGUGCACCAGCGGUAAGGCAAGCGGUAAGGGCCAGCGGGAAGGCCAGUGGGAAGGCCCGUGGGAAGGCCCAGAGCCAGAACUGAGCCACAAACCAAACGUUGAACGUGCCGUUGGGAUACAGGAGUACGAGAGCAGCUACGCCACAGACGCUUUCCGUGUUCCUCGCGCACCGCCAAGAGAAGACGUGGACACGCAACGUCGAGCCAAAGGAAACCAACCGUCAGUCGUUUCUAUAUUUAUACUUUUAGACGAAGAACAGCGACUCCAGGAGUCUCGGACUCCAGUGACUCUCAGCAUCACUGCCAAUGUUCCUGUUGAUAUCUCUGUACACCUCUGGUACUGGCAUUCAGAAAAAAUAAUUAUGAACGCAGUUAUUCUUUUGUCGUUAUAGCACAGUACCACUAUGCAUGUCAUGGCACAAUAACAAUGUUAGUGAGAAUUUAGAUUUUUUUCCCCUUAAAGACCGAACUGAACUCUGCAUUAUCUUAACCACUACCUGUAAAACAUUGAAUUGGUGACUACCGUUUUUGUCUUGAGUGGGUCAGCGUUAUGAUGGGCAGCAUUUUCAAUAUGCUGAAUUUUAGUAUUUAGCACAUAUUCAUGGUCAUUCCCAGUUUGCACAUUUCAUCUUAAGGUUCCAGAUGCCAGGAUGUAGGACUAAUCAUUGAAAAAAAUUGGUAAUCACUUAUUCUUCAAGGUGAACGGUUUACUAUGAAAGCAUACCUCUCUCUGGUCUGACCAGCUGUGUAGCCUCAAAGUUCUAUAGAAAUACAGCACAACCUCCUAAGACCCAGCAAUUGAUUUUUUGUCCCCUGUAGGGGACCAUGAGUCUAAAAACAAACAUUGAAGAAAAUAGAAAUCACUAAAAAUUGUGCACCAUGUCAGGUUACAUCAGUGUUCAUCAGCGAUAAACAUAACAUAAUGUGACAUAUGGUUCCUGUCUGUCAGGAAAUUGCAUCUUCCAUUUAAUGUAAAUGCAAAAAAUAAUUCAGUAUGUUCCUCAAUAUGGCUGCAUCUGACAUUGCUGCUAUAUCCUCUAUGCACACAUUACUGUUUUUCUACUAAGGUACUGAUUGAUUCAUUAUUUGAAUAUUAAUAGCAAACCUGGGUUCACUACCUGAGUUUCCUUUUACGUGCUCAUUGGGACAUUUUGAAAAUGAUUAUUGUAGAAAUGCACACGUGCAGAACAAGGAACCUUUUUCAGUUUAAAACAAAACGUUCAGAUAAAAACAAACAAACCAAACUGCCAUAUGAUCUGGUAAACAUAUCAAUGUGCUCACACAUUCCUGGAGUAGAUUUUACUACCUACUAUUUGUCACAAUCAUGCAGUUUGUGUAAAGUGUAAAGUUAUUUUGAAUUACGAGUUAAACAAGUUUUGCAUGAAAUUGACUGUUUAUGCAUCAUCUUAUUUUUUAUGUAAAACUGUAAAAGUUUUUGUGUCAUUUUCUGUGUCAGGACAGCAGCUAAGGUGAAAAUGAUUCUGCAUCUGUAAAUACUGUACAUUCCUUCAAUAAAGUUGCUGCGGAAGUUU